AUGGAGAAGGCAGAGAACGAGAAGAAGGCAUCGGCCGUAUCCGACGUCGGAGCAUGGGCAAUGAACGUUACGAGCUCCGUCGGGAUCAUCAUGGCCAAUAAACAGCUCAUGUCAUCGUCUGGUUUCGGCUUCAGCUUCGCGACGACUCUGACGGGAUUCCACUUCGCUCUCACCGCACUCGUCGGUCUGGUGUCGAACGCGACGGGAUUAUCAGCAUCGAAGCACGUUCCUCUCUGGGAGCUUCUCUGGUUCUCACUCGUCGCUAACAUCUCGAUCGCAGCUAUGAAUUUCAGCCUCAUGUUGAACUCUGUUGGCUUCUACCAGAUUUCGAAACUGAGCAUGAUUCCGGUAGUGUGCGUGAUGGAAUGGGUUCUCCAUAGCAAGCAUUACUCGAGAGAAGUGAAGGCCUCUGUCAUGGUUGUGGUUGUAGGAGUUGGGAUUUGCACAGUGACUGAUGUCAAGGUUAAUGCUAAAGGUUUCAUUUGUGCUUGCACCGCCGUUUUCUCCACUUCUCUCCAGCAGAUCUCGAUAGGUUCACUGCAGAAGAAGUACUCAAUCGGAUCUUUCGAGUUGCUGAGCAAGACAGCUCCAAUCCAAGCUAUUUCACUCCUCAUCUUUGGUCCAUUUGUUGACUAUUUCUUGAGCGGAAGAUUCAUUUCCACUUACAAGAUGACUUAUGGUGCCAUUCUAUGCAUUCUUAUCUCCUGCGCAUUGGCGGUGUUCUGUAACAUAAGCCAGUAUCUCUGCAUCGGAAGAUUCUCUGCUACAUCCUUCCAAGUUCUCGGUCACAUGAAAACAGUCUGCGUGCUAACACUGGGAUGGCUUAUCUUCGACUCGGAGAUGACGUUCAAGAACAUAGCCGGGAUGGUCUUAGCCGUGGUGGGAAUGGUGAUUUACAGUUGGGCGGUCGAGUUAGAGAAACAGAGGAAGCCGAAAGUGACGGCGCACGGUAAGAACAGUAUGACGGAAGAUGAGAUUAGGCUUCUCAAAGAAGGCAUAGAACAUAUGAAUUUGAAAGACAUGGAGCUUGGAGAUAGUAAACCAUGA